AUGGGCCGUCACAACAGAGGGCAUAGGCACCGAUACUACCACGGCUAUACAGUAGUUCGACGUAAAGAAACAUUUGUACUUCCCGUCAUCCGAAAGUAUGCUAGCGUGAAAAUAUCUGGGAAGCUUUUCGUCUGCAUAGCGACACAGUUGUGUCGAUCUAACACGCGCCCGCUGCAAGCCGGCUCCGCAAAAUCGAUACGCGGCCUGUCUGGUAUCGCGUUGGCGCAAACCCCCCCCCCCCCCCAUCCACCCCGCGCCGUCCGGCGCAAACCCCCCCUCAAGCCGCUCCGGCGACCCAUCCUUCCCGACUGGCCGUACCCCUGGGCUUCGCGGUGCACGUCCGCUCCUUCCGUUUACAAAAACCGAUGCGACUCCAAUAUAGUAAAAGCACAACAAAAACUGGCAACAUGGCGGCACGCGACGUUGCCGCGCCGCGCGACUGACUCGUCACGUGACGUCACGUCUCAAGAUGGCCGCCGUACCGGUCCCGUGGCCCCCCGCUCCCCGAACACCGUCCCCCAACCGGAUCCGACCGCGUUGCUA